AUGGGGUUUUCGCACUUCUAUAAGUUUGGGCCAUUUGCAUAUUGGGGGUCAAUAAAAUGCAAUGAGGAAGAAGGUAAGGGAGUAGAAGUCUAUUUUCAGGCUGAUGGGGAUUUUGAAGUUUAUAAUGGACUUUCAUUCCCAGAAGGAGGUGAGGCUUUCUGCUCCGGAGUGGAUACAGAUUGCUAUUGGGAUCAGGCUGAUUCAGAAGGAGGUUUUGGCUGUGUUUGUAACCGUGCUGGGAGGUUGUUGGAUAGGAGAGGCGAUAGGACGGGGGUGCCCCAGCAGAGCCCGUGCCCUGACCCCCGUGCCCCACAGGAGCGCUACUGCCCCGGCCUCGCCGAGGAGGAGCGGCGCCAGCUCCGCGCCUUCAGCGCCCGCCGCCGACAGGAGGCUCUGGGACAGGGCCUGGCGUGCCCCGUGCCAGGGCCCUGCCACGGCCGUCCCUGCAGGAAGUGCGGCCGGAGGCUGAACAAAGGCGACCCGGGGGUUUCGGCGUCUCGCCUGGGCGACCAGUUCUGGCACCCGUCCUGCUUCUCCUGCCACUUCUGCCACCAGCAGCUGGUGGAUCUCAUCUACUUCCAGCAGGAUGGGAGGAUCUACUGCGGACGGCACCACGCCGAGCUCUUCCGGCCCCGCUGCGCCUCCUGCGACCAGCUGAUCUUCAUGGAGGAGUGCAUCGAGGCCGAGGGCCGGCGCUGGCACCUGGAGCAUUUCUGCUGCCUGGAGUGCGACGAGCCCCUGCGCGGGCAGCGCUACGUGAUGCGCAGCGGGCGGCCCUGCUGCCGGGGCUGCUUCGAGAGCCUCUUCGCCGAGCCGUGCCAGGCGUGCGGGGACCCCAUCGGCGCGGACACCGAGCAGGUCACCCACCAAGGGCUGCACUGGCACGCCCGCUCCUCCUGCUUGUGCUGCAGCCUGUGCCGGGCCCCGCUGCGGGGACAGCCCCUCAGCUGCCACCGCGGCCGCCUCUUCUGCUCCGGCUCCUGCGGCCGCGGCCAGGACGGCUCCUCCGGCGCCUCCGACUCCUCGGACUCCGCCAUCGCCUCCGCUCCGUCCCCCGAGUGCGCGCCCGCGGCCCGGAGCAGCAGGGACGGGGGGCAAGGGGAUGGUAGGAGCCUCCGGCAUGGGGAGGCUCUGCCGUGGGGUGGGAGCAAAUCCAGGGAUUUUGGGGACUUUGGGGCUGGUAGGACCCCAUUGCCACAGGGUGGGAGGGCAACAGGAGCAAAUCCAGGCUCUGGGGACUUUGGGGAUUUUGGGGAUGGUGGGAUCCUGCUGCCAUGGGGCGGGAGGGGGAGCAGGAGCAAAUCCAGGCUCUGGGGACUGUCCUGGGAAUGUCACCCCGUGGGAAUUAGCGAUAAACUCCCCAGGCUGGCUGGGUGGGUGGGUGCCAGCCCGCCGUGUCCCGAGACGCCCCUUGCUGUGGGAGGGCUGUGGGAGGACAGGCUCAGCCUCUCCUUGCUCCUUUCCCCUCUGGCAGAGGCGUUCCCGGAGCAGCCCCCCGUGCACCCCGCCUUCAGGAGCCCCGGGGAUCUCGGCGCAGCCCCACGGGAGCGGAGCGGCGACGCUGCCAAGGAGCACCCAGGGGCGCUGGGACCCCCAGCCGGCCACCCCUCAGCCCCCCAGCUGAACCCAGAGCCCCCCAAGGAGCCCAGAGCCCUUUUGGGGUCCCCUGAAGCCCGAAGAGCUGCAGAGCUGCAGGCGGGCACCCCCCGUCCCCGACACGGCGCCCGGGCAGGGCACGGCACAGAGGAGGAGGAGGAGGAGGAGGAGGAGGACUCCUGGUGCCCCACCUGCUCCUCAUCUUCGGACUCAGGCUCGGAGGAGGAGGGUUUCUUUUUCGGGAAGCCCAUCCCCAAGCCCGGCAUGAACCCCCUGGGCAGGGAGCCCAUGCAGAGGGGCAGGGGCAGGACGGCCAAGCACUGCAGCGUGUGCUGACAGCGGGCUGGGCGUCCCGAGGGGCACUGCCAGCUCCUGCCAGGGCAUCAACGCGUUCCAAUCGCAUCCUGGAGGUGCCCAGGGCUGGUGGGAGAAGCUGCUGGGGUCGCUGCCCCCCGGUGGAGCAGAGCAGAGCAGAGCAGAUCCUGCCAUUCCUGCCCGGCUCUCCCGCAAUUAGGAACAGGUAAAGCAGGAAGGGAGCGGGGCAGGGCCGGCCCCAGCACCUCCCACGAGGCGGCAGGUGGGGACAGGGACAGCUGCCGGCGUCCCCCCGGUGCUGGGGAACGCGGGGUGACCUGCCCUGGGCUGCUCUGUGCCCCACUGCCACCCCUCGCCAUCCCUGGUGGCAUCAGGUCCCCAUGGGGAGGGGACCAGAGACGAAGCUCCAAUAAAAUCUGGCUGAAAUCUGAACUCUGGCUGAAAUCUGAGCUCAGGGUCUGCCCUGUUCCUUCCCAGCCCAUUGUGACACUGACACUGUCACCAGGGCCCCAUCUCCAUCCCUGGUGGCACUGUGGCCUACUGCCACCACAGGGAGGGAACCAGGGGUGCGGCUCUGCUGCUGCUGGUGACAAAUCUGCAAUAAAAUCUGGCUGAAAUCUGAAAGCAGGGUCUGCCCUGUUCCUUCCCAGCCCAUUGUGACACUGCCAAUGUCACCAGGGCCCCACUGCCACCUCAAUCCAUCCCUGGUGGCACUGUGUCCCCAUGGGGAGGGGACCAGGGCACAGCUCUGGUCUCAGGUGACAAACUCCAAUAAAACCUGGCUGAAAUCUGAA